AUGCAACCUGUCAUCCGCCAUUAGUCCCGCCCACAGGGUGCCACCUUGCCUCCUGAUUGGGUGGGACCGAGUCGGGAGGCGUGUCUCAGGGCCGGGGCCGUGUCGCACAGCUCCCCCAGUCCCUCCCUCGCCAGCCCUUUGGCGGUCACCGGCGGGGUUAGGCUGCCUCGUCAGCGAGUCGGACUCCCCCGCCCCUCCCCCCGCCCCGAGAGCGACUUGGGCUCGCCCCCCGCAGCGACCAUGAGCGACCAAGAGAGUCCAGAAGAAAUGGCUGUUGUGAAGUCUGAGAAGGAAGAAGAAAGUGCUUGUAGCAGAAGCAGUAGUAUUGGAGGCAAUGGUGAGGGUCAGGAAUCCCAGCCUUCCCCCCUGGCUCUGCUGGCAGCCACCUGCAGCAGGAUUGAGUCUCCCAAUGAGAACUCCAACAGCUCCCAGAGCCAGCAGGGGGGCUCAGGUGAGCUGGACCUCACAGCUGCUGCCGCUCAGCUUGCCCAGACUACAAAUGGUUGGCAAAUCGUUUCCACUGUCCCUGGGACAUCCACCUCCUCCAAGGAGCAAGGGAGCAACGGCAGCGAGUCCUCACCAAAAAACCGACCUGUGACAGCUGGGCAGUAUGUGGUUGCCGCUGCCCCCAAUUUGCAGAAUCAGCAGGUGCUGACCAGUUUGCCUGGUGUCCUACCAAACAUUCAGUACCAGGUGAUCCCACAGUUUCAAACAGUUGAUGGGCAGCAGCUGCAGUUUGCCACCACCCCAGCCCAAGUUAACGUCCAGCAGGAUGCCUCUGGCCAACUUCAGAUCAUCCCCGGGACAAAUCAACAGCUCAUUACAAACAGAGGUGGGACAGGCAAUAUCAUAGCCGCCAUGCCAAAUCUGCUGCAGCAGGCUGUCCCAAUCCAGGGGGUUGGAUUGGGCAAUAACGCCCUCUCGGGACAAACUCAAUAUGUGGCAAAUGUCCCAGUGGCUUUAAAUGGUAAUAUCACCUUGCUGCCUGUCAGCAGUGUUGCCACGAGUUUGGCGCCCACUUCUCAGACCGUCACUUUAAGUAGCUCUGGCUCUCAAGACAGCAGCUCUCAAAUAGUGACUUCUGGUUCUGCAAUCAGCUCUUCCAACAUAGUGACGUCCCUUGCCACCUCUGGUGGUUUUUUCACCAAUGCCAACAGCUACUCUACCACGACCACAAGCAGUAACAUGGGUGUCAUGAAUUUUUCCAGCAGUGGGACCAUGGGAACAAAUGUUCAGGUCCAGACACCCCAGAGGGUUAGCGGCAUUCAGAAUUCGGACUCUCUGCAGAACCAGGUUUCUGGCAUGGGACUUCAGCAAGGUCAGCAGAAGGACGCUGAUCAAAAUCAGCAGUCUCAACAGCAGAUCCUAGUGCAGCCUCAGCUUGUCCAGGGAGGGCAAACCAUUCAGGCCCUCCAAGCUGCUCCACUCUCUGGCCAGACCUUUACCACCCAAGCCAUCUCCCAAGAUGCUUUGCAGAACCUUCAGCUUCAAGCAGUCUCCAACUCUGGGCCAAUCAUUAUUCGAACACCUACUGUGGGGCCAAAUGGGCAGGUCAGCUGGCAGACUAUUCAGCUGCAGAAUCUUCAGGUGCAGAACCCCCAAGCUCAGACAAUCACCUUGGCCCCAAUGCAGGGAGUCUCUCUGGGGCAGACGGGGCAUACCAACACGCUCACACCAAUAGCAUCUGCCUCACUCCCCAGCGGCACUGUCACUGUAAAUGCCGCUCAGCUGUCUUCUAUGCCAGGCCUUCAGACCAUUAACCUCAGUGCCUUGGGAGCGUCUGGAAUCCAAGUACACCAGCUACAAGGGCUGCCGCUGGCUAUAGCAAAUGCUACUGGUGAUCAUGGUGCUCAGUUGGGCCUGCAUGGUGGAGGGGGUGACGGAAUGGGAGACGAAAACGCUACUGUGGAAGAAGGGGAGACUAGUCCAGACCCACAGCCACAAGGCCGAAGGAUGCGGAGAGAAGCCUGCACCUGCCCAUACUGCAAAGACAGCGAAGGACGGGGUUCUGGGGAUCCCGGUAAGAAGAAGCAGCACAUCUGCCACAUCCCAGGCUGCGGGAAGGUGUAUGGCAAGACGUCCCACCUGCGGGCUCACCUCCGGUGGCAUACCGGGGAGAGACCUUUCGUCUGCAGCUGGAUGUUCUGCGGGAAGCGCUUCACGCGCAGUGACGAGCUGCAGCGGCAUAAGCGCACGCACACAGGUGAGAAGAAAUUUGCCUGCCCGGAGUGCCCAAAACGCUUCAUGAGGAGCGACCACCUGUCCAAGCACAUCAAGACUCACCAAAACAAGAAGGGAGGCACAGCCAACAAUGUGGCCAUGAACGUCUCUGCGGUCUCCAUGGACACAGGGACUUCGGAAGGAAACAGUGGGCCAACCCCAUCGGCCCUCAUCGCAACCAACAUGGUGGCCAUGGAAGCCAUUUGUCCCGAGGGCAUCGCACGCCUUGCAAGCAGCGGCAUCAACGUCAUGCAAGUGGCAGAUCUCCAGUCCAUCAACAUCAGCGGGAAUGGAUUUUGAGACUCUGUGAACCACAAGUCAUGGACAGUGUCCAAAUCUGGGGUUCAAGGUAGCAUGGGUCUAAGAGCCGACUGGAGAGGGAGAAGAUAAAUAUUUCGUUGCUAGUGUGCUGAGAGGGUAGGGUCAGUCACACCUUCUAGCACGAGAGCCCAGUUCCUCUCUGCCAGGAAUGCUACUUGAAAACAAGGCCCGGCGAUCGGCUCAGACCUCUGAGGCCCAGUGACUACAUGGGGAUGCCAGAGCUUUUUUUGACUCGACUUUCCCUUCUCCCCCAUAACUUCUCCCCUAUCUUUCCCUCAGUAGGUACCCCUGAUGCCAACAUGCCUUGGUAAAUGUAUAUGAUCAUUGAAAUACUUUUUAGCGCAAAAAAAAAGAUUCUAUAUUAUUAUUAUAUAUAUAAAAAUAUAAAACAUGUUCAUUUGAGCAAGGGAAAAAAAUUGCUGCGACCAAAGUGUUUGGUCUAUUUUGGAUGCCUUAUCUUUGAACAGAUGACCCCGUGGGUAGUUAAUGAGACAAUACCCAAGCUGUUGUUCAGAUGCUAUAUUACAUUUUACAUUGUAACCUUAAGAAAAUUAGCCUUUUGUAUGCUCUGCUUUUAGGUUUCUUUUUUUCCUUAAUUUUUUUAAUUAUUUGGGUGAGGUUUUCUUCAUAUAAAACAGUCACCCUCUUCCUUCCCCGCCUUAAUCCCUUCAUUGCUUUAUUUUAAAUUGUAUUUGCUGCAGAGAUUCUCUUAUCCAAGUUAUUUUAACCCUUUCUGUUUCAUUCGGAGCAUAAGUGUACAUGUAAAAUUGAUUGUAAAGGUUUUUGUGCGGGUUCACUCGAGCUAUUUACCAGAAGAGGGUCCGGGACCCAUAAUGCAGUCUGAGUUUUUUGCGGGGGAGGGAAGGGGAGUCUUGGGCAAAUUUAUUUUUCUGCAGUCGGUCUUAAAAACAAAACGCCAAUGUCAGUGCGUCCAGGGCUGGUGAGAUGAAGACAACUCAAGUGUCGAGUGUGGCAAAAAACAAUGAAUUAGCUGCAAAUGCAGUGGAGAAGAGACCACCGAUAACACUGUGUCUAUCCAGAGUAUCGUGCCUAGUCUGAUUAAAAUGUAGCAUGAGGAGAUGCCUGUUUGCAUCCCUAAUCUGAGGGUUACUGCAGAGCAGCUGCUGAUGCUAGUGCAGAGGGUGAGUAGAAAUACACUGUUGGUCAGACUGGCAGGCUGCUGGUACAUUUGUAAGUGGCAGGGAGUUUAUCUGCCAGACAUGGACAUCAGGCAUCGGGUGCUUAGUGGACAUGUUACACGGCCCCGUGCUGGGGCUGUUUGUUAAUGGGACGCAGGUCUCUUAUUCAGAUUAAAUCAUCACAUCAUCUUGCCGGAUUUUUUUUCUUCCAACACUACAUUUCUUUUCUGUCUCCAAGGCUUCCCCGUUCUUUCAGAGAUUUCCAAACCAGUAAUUGGAAACAAAGAAAUUUCCUGGCCGUCUUUUUCAAGCCCAUGGUGGGUCUGGAGGCUGGUAGUUCUGAAUCAUUCUAGACUCCUCUGUCCAACUGACUCUUGGUCCCCCGCCUUUCCUGCUGCAGCCACAACAAAGUGGGUGUUCCCUAAGGCCCGUCCAUUUCCCCUAGCCCUUCUGUGAAGCCCAGCUGAAAUGGAGCGAGCUGUCCCUACAACAGCAUAAAAUUGCAGGAAGAGGACAUCGUGCACUGUAGAUUAUGUGGGGGCUUCGGGAUUUAGAAUCCCUCCAGAUGAGAAUUCAGUCACCUUCAUGUGUGUCACCCACCCUCCCUUGACCCACAAAUCAUCCUUGAUAAUGAAGCUGUGUGUCAUUCGUGAACUCAUGCAUUUCAGUGCUUGGUGACUUCUUUAGUAAAUCCUUGGGUCAGAGACACCUGAUGGAAAGACAAGGGCUUGAAGAAUCCUCUAGGAAUGGGGUGAAUUUUAUUUAAUUAGGACCAUAAGCAGUGUUCUGGUGUGUUUUCAUAUAAAAAUAAAUGCAGGAAACUGCCAUAUACUCCUGCAACCUGGUGUUUGAUAGCUUAUUAGUGCAGGCAGGUGGUGGUGGUUUUAAUUUGUAAGCUGGAUCUUCUGUUGAAUCCCUUUGCUAGGGAAGGUAGAAACAUUGGGGUUUGCAUUAACCAGAAUCAAGGCUGAGCUGCAAUAGAGCCCUUGUCUGGAAGAGCAGGAGGCAAAGGUCUGUGUCUGAUGUGUGGAAAGGUUUUUAUAUUUGGAACUCUGUUGGAAAAUGCAGCAGCUUUGGAAGUUAAAAAUUAAAAUCCCUUCGUAUGGGUUGCUGUUGAUUAUGUAACUAUAUAUAAUAUCUAUCAAACCAUGUAAAACAAAUCUGGUGUUGGGUGCAGAGGAUAGUGUUAGGCCAGUGUUAAUUGUUCCUCUCGGAAAGAGGUAAGUAGCAGGUGGGAGGGCAGGUAUUAUAGUGGAAUCAGUGUCUCUCUUCACAUUUUGGUCCCAUGGUUCUUGCUGAUUUUCAGCACACUUGGAGGUGUUGGACUCUCUUCCAUUCCCUUUUCAUGCUUUUUUGCUGGGAGGCUUCUAGGGAGUUUUUUAUGCAUGUGCAUGGAAUUGCAGGAAGGCAACCUGUUUGGUAGGGAGAAACCCCAAACAACGUUGGGGUGAAAUAAAACUUUAUAUGAACCUGAAUCACACCUGUAAAUGGUGCUUACUUUCUCUCUAACUAAAAGCAAGUGUGAUUCUGCUGUAUAUUUUAUAUACACCUUGCAUAUAAACACUUCUUUUCACCUGUUCUACCUAAGGAGAAUACACUUGAAAUGAGGCAAAUGCCGUGUGCUUAGGGGCUUUAUAAGAAAGUUCAGGAAUGGUGGAUGUUCUUAAUUAUUUCAAUAGCUCUCCUAGACCAGUUGCUGAGAGCACAGAGGCAGUUUUGAUAAGAAAGCCACUCAUUGGCACCGACACUGAGAGGUGGUUUUUGCUGAGUCUAGUACAGCAGGUUUCUUCUUUAUUCUAGUGUUGCUUGGAAAGUGAGGGAGAUGAUGCAUCAAGGCUUUUGGGUCAGGAAUAGCAAAUGAGACCAUGGUGUUCCAAUCAAACAGAAGCUAACAGUGUGCCUCUCGGAAGAUUACUGCUUGGACACUGUGCAGUUCUGGGAUCUAAGCAUCCUUCCUGCGUCAAACCAGCUGAGUUCUAGAGAACUGAAUUCUUGGCGAGGUGGGGAAACAGAUGUGUUAGUCAGACUAGUAUCAUGGGAUAGCAGUAACAGAUCAUUCUAAAACGACCAGGGGCUUCUGUGCUGCUAGCUUACAAUACCACAGACGGGCAACUUCUCUCUGAAUUCCCUUUUCUCUUCCACGAGAGCCAAAUUCUUUCCCCUCGUCAUGGGAUGUGAUGCAAUCCAGCACACCAGGAGCGGGUAUUUCUAAUCAAGCUGCCAUUAAGACACACAGGCUGACCAUGGUUGCCAAGGUAGCUGGGCUCUGAAGAGCCGAUCACUCAGAAAUAACUAUUUUAGUGUAAUGCAAACUUCAGCACUAAUCCCCAAUUGUCUUGUUUGCUUUAAAAUCCUGUUGUUUUUUUAACUCUGUAUGAAAAUUCCCUGCAACUGGGGGAUAUUACAGGUUCCUUUCUCAGAUCUGAGUUAAAUUUUUGGCAAGGUCUGUCUGUCAGCCAGUUCCCUCAUCUUCAUUCUGGGUGUGGCUCGCUCACUUAGGUUUGGAGAGAGAUUUCUUCCACAGCGGGAUGUGAGAGUUUUGUACCUUUACCAAUUCAUGACUGCUUGGUGACCUUCCCUCACCAGACUCUGUGUCUGUGUUGUCAGAUCAUCAGCAUGCUUUGUCAGUUUCAAACAGCAGUACCUCCCCCUUUGUACCUGCAAAAUGCCUCCUUGUCUUCAAAGCAGAAAUCGGUGCAUGCUGGCAGGAGGCAAAGUCCUGCCAAACUGUGAAGUGUGAACACAUUUUUACCUUUUAAAAAAAAAUAAAUACAGGGAGGGAGGAAUCUUAGCUAUCACUGUAAAUUCCUCUGGCUGAUUUCUUUCUUCUCUCUAUCUCUAUUUUUGGACUUGUAUAUUUUUAUAUAGGAAACUUUAAACAUUUGUAUUUUUUUAACAAUCUGUGAAGCACUAUGAAUUCCAGUUGUGUCAAAUGUCAAUAUCUUCCGCAUCUUGUGAAUACUGGAAGCUACGGAUGGUUAGUAGAAAGCAGUGUUUAAAAAAAACAAA